AUGGCGUCUAUAACCUCAGCUGUGCCAAGUCCAGUGCUUGUCAACUCGGCAGCGCCCAAACAAAAGCCUAAAUCAAGCACGAAGCACAAGAUAUCUCCGGGAAUCUCGUUGUUCUCAGGUGGAGUUGCUGGGGCUGUCGAAGCUGCCGUCACAUACCCUUUUGAGUUUGCAAAGACCAGAGCACAGCUCAACUCAACCGGCAGCAAAAACCCAUUUACGGUUCUGCUCCAGGUUGCCCGUCAAGAUGGAUACAGAGCUAUUUACACUGGAUGUUCAACACUAAUUAUUGGAACAACUUUCAAGGCUGGAGUCAGGUUUCUCUCGUUCGAUUCCAUCAGAAACCAGUUGAUGGACGACAAGGGACGCCUGACCCCUGCACGGGGAAUUCUAGCCGGCAUGAUUGCCGGAUGUGUGGAAAGCGUUGUGGCAGUGACUCCCACCGAGCGAGUGAAGACGGCACUCAUUGAUGAUGCCAAAGCCGGCACAAGAAGAUUUACAGGUGGAACCAACGCAAUGCUUACAAUGGUCAAGGAAAACGGAAUCGGUGAAGUAUACCGUGGCAUUGUUUCCACCACGCUAAAGCAGUCGGCAACAUCUGCUGUACGAAUGGGCUCUUACAACGUCCUGAGAGAAAUGUCCAAACAAUAUGGGCUUCCCGAAAACUCUGCCAUGACAUUCGGCUCUGGGGCAAUUGCUGGUAUCAUCACCGUCUAUGCCACACAGCCAUUUGAUACGAUCAAAACAAGGGCUCAAUCCGCCCGCGGAGCCGGUACUUUCGAAGCCUUUCAAAUGAUUCUGUCGGAAAGAGGUGUCAGGGGUUUUUGGAGUGGUAGCACGAUGAGACUUGGUCGUUUGAUUCUGAGUGGAGGAAUCGUCUUCACCGUGUAUGAGAAGGUCUCAAGCCUUCUAGUUCGUUAG